CCUGGUAUGGGUACGGCGCUGUGCUACGCAGGUAUAAAAUAACCUCCGUUCCGUGGAUUCGCCAUCAGUACAGCUUACGUACGCUUUGUGAACGUAUCUCCGUUAGUAAAACUCAACACUACCAACUCACAAUGUCUGGCCGCGGCAAAGGAGGCAAAGUUAAGGGAAAGGCAAAGUCCCGUUCCAACCGUGCUGGAUUGCAGUUCCCGGUCGGUCGUAUCCACCGUCUGCUGAGGAAGGGCAACUAUGCCGAGCGUGUCGGUGCCGGUGCCCCCGUCUACUUGGCUGCCGUGAUGGAGUAUCUGGCUGCUGAAGUCCUCGAGUUGGCAGGAAACGCUGCUCGUGACAACAAGAAAACCAGAAUCAUCCCCCGUCAUCUGCAGUUGGCCAUCCGCAACGACGAAGAAUUGAACAAACUGCUGUCUGGCGUCACCAUUGCCCAGGGUGGUGUCCUGCCAAACAUUCAGGCUGUUCUGCUGCCCAAGAAGACCGAAAAGAAGGCCUAAACUACUUUCCGCUCGUUCGACGACCACGUGCAUCAAACCAAAACCGUCCUUUUCAG